AUGUCUGCUGAGGCUUCCACCACCCCCGCGGCCGAGACCCCGGUCAACGGCACUCCUGAGACCAGCACCACUCCCGCUGCCCCUGCGGCCGAGGCUACCGCUGCCGAGACCGCUGCUCCCAGCACCUCCCAGCCUCACUCGGCGUCUCUCUACGUCGGUGAACUCGACCCCUCCGUGACCGAGGCCAUGCUCUACGAGCUCUUCUCUUCCAUCGGUCAGGUCGCUUCCAUCCGUGUGUGCCGUGACGCUGUCACCAGACGCUCCCUCGGAUAUGCCUACGUCAACUACAACAACACCGCCGACGGUGAGCGUGCUCUCGAGGACCUCAACUACACCCUGAUCAAGGGAAAGCCCUGCCGUAUCAUGUGGUCCCAGCGUGACCCCGCCCUGCGCAAGACUGGCCAGGGCAACGUUUUCAUCAAGAACCUCGAUGCUGCCAUCGACAACAAGGCUCUGCACGAUACCUUUGCCGCCUUCGGUAACAUUCUGAGCUGCAAGGUCGCGCAGGAUGAGUUCGGUAACUCCAAGGGCUACGGUUUCGUCCACUACGAGACCGCCGAGGCCGCCAACAAUGCCAUCAAGCACGUCAACGGCAUGCUGUUGAACGACAAGAAGGUCUUCGUCGGCCACCACAUCUCCAAGAAGGACCGUCAGAGCAAGUUCGAGGAGAUGAAGGCCAACUUCACCAACGUCUACAUCAAGAACCUCGACCAGGAGAUCUCCGAGGAGGAGUUCCGUCAGAUGUUCGAGAAGUUCGGUGAGAUCACCUCCGCCACCCUGAGCCGUGACCAGGAGGGCAAGAGCCGUGGCUUCGGCUUCGUCAACUACUCUACCCACGACAGCGCGCAGGCCGCCGUCGAUGAGAUGAACGACAAGGAAGUCAAGGGCCAGAAGCUUUACGUUGGCCGUGCCCAGAAGAAGCACGAGCGUGAGGAGGAGCUCCGCAAGCAGUACGAAGCCGCUCGCCUCGAGAAGGCUUCCAAGUACCAGGGUGUCAACCUGUACGUGAAGAACCUGACCGAUGACAUCGAUGACGAGAAGCUCCGCGAGAUGUUUGCUCCUUACGGUACCAUCACCUCCGCCAAGGUCAUGCGCGACACCAACAUCGAGCGCACUCAGACCCCCGACUCGGACAAGGAGAAGAAGGAGGAGUCCAAGGAGGAGAAGCCCGAGGCCGCUGAGAAGACCGAGGAGGCCGCCAAGGAGUCCGGCGAUGACCAGGACAAGGAAAACAAGAAGUCCGACAAGAAGGUCCUGGGCAAGAGCAAGGGCUUCGGUUUCGUCUGCUUCAGCAGCCCCGACGAGGCCUCCAAGGCCGUCACUGAGAUGAACCAGAGAAUGAUCAACGGCAAGCCCCUCUACGUCGCUCUGGCUCAGCGCAAGGAUGUUCGUCGCAGCCAGCUCGAGGCUAGCAUCCAGGCCCGUAACACUAUCAGACAACAGCAGGCCGCUGCUGCCGCUGGAAUGCCGCAGCCCUACAUGCAGCCCGCUGUCUUCUACGGCCCCGGCCAGCAGGGUUUCAUCCCUGGUGGUCAGCGUGGUGGACUUCCUUUCGCUCCCCAGCCUGGUAUGAUGAUGGGUGUCCCCGGUGGCCGCCCUGGCCAGUACCCCGGUCCCUUCCCUGGUCAGCAGGGUGGACGUGGCAUGGGCCCCAACCAGCAGAUUCCCCCCAACUUCGCUCAGGGUAUCCCCAUGGGCGCUAUGGGCCCUGGUGGCAUUCCUAACGGCAUGGGCUACCCCCAGAUGGGUCAGGUGCAGUUCGGACGUGGUGCCGGUGGCCGUGGUCAGGUCCCUGGCAUGCCCAUGGGCCAGGGUAUGCGUGGUCCUGGCUACGGACAGGGUCGUGGUGGUGUCCCUGUUCAGGGUCAGAUGCGUCCCGGCCAGGGAGGUCGCGGUCAGAACGCUCAGCCCGCUGCCGGCCGUGGUGAGGAAGCUCCCGCUGCUGGUCUUACCGCUCAGUCCCUCGCCGCCGCCCCCGCUCCUCAGCAGAAGCAGAUGCUGGGUGAGGCUCUCUACCCCAAGAUCCAGGCCCAGCAGCCCGAGCUGGCUGGUAAGAUCACUGGUAUGCUUCUGGAGAUGGAUAACACUGAGCUUCUCAGCCUGCUUGAGGAUGACGAGGCCCUGCGCGCCAAGGUCGAUGAGGCCCUGAGCGUUUAUGAUGAGUACAUGAAGAACAAGGGUACCGAGGGUGAGGCUGCCGGUGAGGCUCCCAAGCCCAAGGAGGCCGCCACGGAGGAGUCCACGGAAGAAAACAAGUCGUAG